CAACUAUCGAAGCAGUCACUCAUCGAUAACUCGAUAAUCUUCUUUUACGUAUUUAAUUUAAAAACAAAGAAAAACGUCAAUACGCCAUUUGAUAAAGUUAUAAGCAAUAUUGAAAAUAAAAUGUCAUUGGACGAGACAACAGCUAACAUGCAACCAACUGAAAAUGCUGAAGAUAAUGAUGGUGUUGAUAAUCCUGUCGAUAUGACGUUUACCAAGGAAGUACGCAAAGCUACAAAAGACGUCCAUACUUUGACUGAUGUUUUGGUUAACGCAAAAUUUGCAUUCGCUCUGUCGGACGAUGAAGUUUGGUACGAUGGUCUCUUGGUCUUCUACGAGUUAUAUAAAUUCUUUGAAACACAUUUGCCAGAGCGCCUGCUUCCCAAGGAACUUCAUCGGACCGCUGCCUUUGAGCGUGACUUUGCAUAUUUCUAUGGCUCCGACUGGAAGAAGACUUACGAGCCGCGUCCGGCUGUCCUAGAAUAUCUUUCAUUGCUAGAGAGUGUCGCCGCCAAAAAUGAAGUGCUCCUCUUCGCCUAUGCCUUUCAAAUGUACAUGGCAUUGAUGUCUGGUGGACAAUUAUUGCAAAAAAAGCGUAUGAUUGCUCGCAAACUGUGGAUCUUUCCCAAAGGCAAUGUCGAGCAGGAGCAAAAACAGGCACAGGCCGAUGCAGCGUUGGCAACUGAUGCUUCAACUGCUGCUAAUGUUGAGCUUGAUGAUAAAGAUUUGAUGGCGCGUCCAAUGCCCGAGCAGGUGACCAUAUGUCCUGUUGGAUGUGAGGCCACAUAUUUUCCCACACGAAUUCCCAAACUCAAGUCGAAGCUGCGGCGCAUAUUCAACGAGCUAUACGGCAAUCUAGACGAACAGACGCGUGCCGAGUACAUCGAGGAAAGUCGCAACGUUUUCCGCCAGAACAUGGAACUAUUGCGCACAGUAAAGGGUGUGAAUAGGGCUAAUCUUAGGAAACUUGCCAUUGCGGUUAUCUUUGUAACCACCAUAUAUGUGGCAUUUAAAUUGGCUGUCAAAUAAGAUGUUAUUUUCAUUAACCUAUAUUUGCAACUAUUAUAUUUGUAGGAUUCCAAUUAGCAUAACUAUAUACGAUUGUUCUCUAGUUUGUAUAUGAAGCAAAGUCAAUAAAUUGCAAGUUAACUUCAUAAUGAAAGUCGCUAUAA